CAUCCCAUCCGCGACCCGCCCAUCCGCCGCUUCUCCCACAGCCUGGUCAGGUGUUCGCAGUUCCCUCACGUAAACUUUGCAUCUUGAUAACUGAUCAGCUUCUGUGUCGGGACAAACCCAGUCGAGGACAUGUUCCGACGGAUACUUCAAAUGACUCCUGGGAAGGGAGGCUCCCAGAACGCAGAGUCGGAGAAGCCGCCCGCCGACCUCAACCACGACCAGACGUCUGAGGGCUUCAUCUGUCCUCAGUGCAUGAAGUCCCACAACUCUGCGGACGAGCUCUUCAAGCACUACGAGCUGUUCCACGACACCGGAGACCUGCCCGCUCACGUGGCCCCCACUCGCGAAGACCUGACGAUGUUGCGGCAGGAGGUUCAGGACCUCCACGCUUCUCUCAAGGAGGAGAGAUGGUUCUCUGGAGAACUAAAGAAAGAAUUGGACAAAGUUCAAGGACAACUGAAGCAAAACGACGAGCAGAUGAGCCCCGAGGAUUCAGCUCUUGAACGGAAGCUGGUGGAAGCCGAGACAGAGAAGUUCAACAUCAAGCAGAUGAAAGACCUGUUUGAGCAGAAGGCGGCGCAGCUGGCCACGGAGAUAGUAGACCUGAAGUCCCGUUACGAUGAGGAGAAAAGCCUGAGGGAGGCGGCCGACCAGAGGGUUUCCAGUCUGAGCGAACAGCUGCAGAAGGAGAAGCAGGACAAUGAGCGGCUCCAGACGGAACUGCUGCAGCGGCCGGGAGUGGAGGACGUGGAGGUUCUGCAGAAGGAGCUGGUGCAGGUGCAGACGCUCAUGGACCGCAUGACCCGCGAGAGCGAGGAGGAGUCGGAGCGGCUCAAGAACCACUAUGCGGAGCUGCAGGCCAACUACACUACCUCAGAGAUGACCGUAUCCCAACUGAAAGCCGAGCUGGAGAAGGGUCCUCAGGAAGCCGCCGUCUACACACAACAAAUCCACGAGCUGCAGGGCAAUCUCAACAAUUUGCAGCAACAAUGUCAGGGCGUCUCUGAAAAGCUUGGGCAAAAGGAGAAGGAGCUCCAAGAUCUGGAGGAGCGUCUGGGAGCGGAGAAAGCUGCCAAGAAGGGACUCCAGGACAGCCUGAGGGAGAGGGAGACGGAGGUGCAGGAGCUCCAGGCUCGCGCCACGGGGGCCGAAGCGUCCUUUCAGAAGACGCGGACCGAGCUGGCGGACAGGGCCGAGGAGGUGUCCAAGCUGAAGAGCGAGCUCGCGGAGCUGGAGGUGAAGCACGCAGAGCUGAAGGUGGAGAGGAAACAGCUGGAACAUCAGAAGGAGGAAAAAGAAAGCCAAGGUGCCCAGCAGCAGACGGAGAUCAGCCAGCUGCACACCAAGCUGCUGGAGGCGGAGAGGCAGGUGGGCGAGCUGCAAGGCCGUCUGAAGGAGCAGAGGCAGUUGUCUGGAGAGAAACUGAAGGACAGAGAGCAGCAGGCCGCCGACCUCCAGCUCAAACUGUCCCGAACAGAAGAACAGCUGAAGGAGAGCUCCAGUAAGAACUCGGACCUGCAGCACCAGCUGGAGAAAGCCAAGCAGCAGCACCAGGAGCUCCAGGCGCUGCAGCAGAACACCAACGGCAAACUGCGGGAGGCGCAGAAUGACCUGGAGCAGGUGCUGCGUCAGAUUGGAGACAAAGACCAGAAGAUCCAGAACCUGGAGGCUCUCCUUCAGAAGAGUAAAGACAUCGUGAGCCAGCUGGAAGCCGAACGAGAGGACCUGUGUGCCAAAAUCCAGGCUGGGGAGGGAGAGACGGCGGUCCUUAACCAGCUCAAAGAGAAGAACCAUGCGCUACAUGAACAGGUUGCACAGUUGACUGACAAGCUGAAGAACCAAUCAGAGAGCAACAAGCAGGCCCAGGAUAACCUCCACAAGCAGGUCCAGGAGCAGAAGACGCAGCUGCGUUCGGCCCAGGACCGAGCCCAGACCCUGGAGACGUUGGUGUCCGAGCUCACCGCCCAGCUCGCCGACAGCAAGGAGAAGGUGUCCCAGCUGGACGCUCAGCUGAAGGCCAAAACAGAGUUGCUUCUGUCUGCAGAGGCGGCCAAGGCUGCGCAGAAGGCCAGCCUGGAGAACAGCCUGGAGGCUUCCCAGCAUGCACUGCAGGACAAACAGCAGGAGCUGAGCGAAGCUCAGAAGAAGCUGGAGGAGCAGGCCCAGAAGCUCAGAGAGAGACAGGAGCAGUGCGCUCAGCUGGAAGGCAACCUGAAGGAAUGCAAGGACAGACUGCUGGCCUCGGAUCAGCGGGUGGAGCAGCUGGAAGGGCUCGGCAAGAAACUGGAGUCGCAGGUGGCGGAGGCGCAGAGUGCGAGAGAUCAGCUGCAGCAAGAGGCGCAGAAGCUGCAGAAGGAGGGUUCAGAGGCCAAACGGAAAGCAAAGGAGCUGCAGCGCUCUCUGGAAACAGAGAAGGAAGGAGCCAAGAAUCUGCACGAGGAGGUGCAGACGAAGGCGGCUGCCCUGAGCGGCGCGCAGCAGCAGCUGGAGCGCUGCGAGCAGGAAAUGGCGGCUCUGAAGGUGAACCUGGACAAGGUGACCCAGGAGGGAAAGGCUCGGCAAGCGGAGCUGGACGGCAAGGCUCAGAGUCUGGGCGGAGAGCUGCAGAAGGCCCAGCAGGAGAAGGAGGCGCAGAGGAAGGAGCUGGUGGCCGCUCGGGAGAGCCUGCAAAAGGCCACGAAGGCACUGAAGGAGAGUCAGAAUCAGCUGGAGGCUGAGAGGAAGAGCCAUAAAUCAGCCAUGGAGGAGAAGGACAAGUCCAACGAAAAGACACGAGAGGAGCUUCUCAAAGCGAACGAAGCCGUCGCCACGAGAAUGAAGGAGUCCAAGGAGCAGCUGGAGCGAACGAGGGAGGCGGAGAAAACGUUGAAAGCGCAGCUCGCGUCGUUAGAGCAGCAGCACUCGGAGACUCGGGGGACGCUGAAGGAAAAGGAGGCCCAGCUGGAGAAGCUGCAGGAUCAGCUGAACGCCGUGCGGGGCUCCUCAGAGGAGGAGGCCAAGAGGCUGCGGGGCCGAGUGGCCGAGCUGCAGGAGGCGGGCGUCAGGAAGGCAGAAGAGGAGAGUAAACUGAAGGCCCGGAUGUCAGAGCUCAGCCAGGAGCUGUCCUCCGAGAGGAGCCGGAUGACGGCGCUGCAGAAGGCCUUGGAGCAGAGCCAGCAAAACCUCAAAAAGCUCCAGUCCGACCUCUACGGCAAAGAGUCCGAGGUUUCCUCUCUGCGUCAAGACCUGAAGGGCUCCGAGGAGAAACUGAGCGUGGCGCAGGAGGAGCUGGCGGCCAAUCGGACCCACCAGACGGCUCUGGAGGCUCAGAUCCAGGAGCUCAAGGCGGCCCGGUCCACGCUGGAGCAAGACCUUUCCGAACGGCACCAGAAGCUCCAGCAGCAGGAGCAAACCCUGAAGGAGCUGCAGCAGCAGGAGGGUCAAGUCAGGGAGGAGCUGCAGAGGGAGAGGAGCAAGGCGGAGGAGCUGCACAAAGCCAAGAGCGCGCUGGAGAAGAGCAGCGGCAAGCUAACCUCCGAGCUGAAAACACUGGCGGAGAAAAGCGAGAAGGAACUGGGUGAGCUGCAGGAAGCGAAGCAGCUGCUGAUCCAGCAGAAACUGGAGCUGCAGGGUCAAGUGGAGGCGGCGCAGGAGGCACUGAAGGAGGAGCGGAGGGAGCACCAGGCCACCAGGGACAGCCGCGGCAAACGGGAGGAGCAGCUCCUGGCCCAGACAAAGGAGGUCCAGGAUCAGCUGGCGGCGGCGAGGCGAGCCAGAGAGGAGCAGGCGAAGCGCGGCGAGGAGGCCGAAGCCAAGCUGGGCGCUCAGGUGACGGCCCUGAACGAAAACGUGGCCACGCUGAAGAGGGAGUGGCAGAGCAGCCAGCGGAGGGUGAGCGAACUGGAGAAGCAGACGGACGAGCUGAGAGGGGAGAUCGCCGUGCUGGAGGCGACCGUCCAAAACAACCAGGACGAGCGGCGGGCCCUUCUGGAGAGGUGUGUUGCAGGUGAAGGCGAGAUCGAGAAGCUCCAGGCCAAAGGGGCGGAGCUCCGCAGGAAGCUGGACGACACCACGGCGGCCAUGCAGGAGCUCGGCAGGGAGAACCAGUCGCUCCAGAUCAAACAGUCGCAAAGUCUGACUAGGAAGUGGGCGGAGGACCACGAGGUUCAGAACUGCAUGGCCUGCGGGAAAGGCUUCAGCGUCACGGUCAGGAAGCACCACUGUCGACACUGCGGGAACAUCUUCUGCGCCGAGUGCUCGGCGAAGAGCGCCCUCACGCCGUACUCCAAGAAGCCCGUGCGGGUUUGCGAGACGUGCUUCGAGGAGCUCCAGGGCUGAUUGCCAGUGGCCUCCCGCCCCGCGGCUCCUUCCCUUUAACCCUUUCUAUUCAAACGGGCGGAACGAAGGCUCGUCUUUGUCAUUUUCAAUGUGCACUAAUGAAGGACAGACCCAGCGCAAGGACUCCCCAUCUGCACGGGCCUCUCCGGCGCCGGUGUGGAUGGAUUCACCGAGGGGACGCCACAGGGAACGCGGUGGGAUCCGUCUGUAUCUGUUUUCGUGCCUUUUGCUACUCCUGUGGACUGCCAGAGAGCGGGGUCGGUGAAUCCUCGCUCAUCUCUUUACGCUGACGCCCGGCAUCGUCAGCGGCUGUGAGGCGGCCGCUUUGACCUCUGUCCGUGUUUGUUGGUGUCACGCUGCACGCCUGUGGAGCUCAGAGCAGCUCUGCCACACAAAGGAAAGCGCACGUGACCGUUUUAUUAGUGGUAUCUGAUUAAGCAAUUCCAUUAUUUUCCGUGACUUGUUUUUCACGUAUUAAAUAAAUUCGUAUAUUUCAUUAUUUGGCCCGCGGAUUCACGUCGAACUCAUUAUUUAUUUACUGCAGUUAAAUUGUCACCGUAAAGUAAUAAAGCUAUAACUGAAGUUUUAUAACUUCGUUAACUAAUAAACAAAAUUAGGGGUUCUGAAAGCUACAUUUUCAUUCAGUCAAUUACAGUUUGGAGCUGAUCUAUGUUUGUUCUUUGGUUUGAGGACUAUAAGAAUAUGUGAUUGUGACGCCUUAAAGUGUACGUC